AUGGUCAAGCACCAGCGUCGAUCGCACCAACAAGGGAUGAACCCCAACGAUAUCCUGGACGAUUGCUCCUCAGACUCGGAUGAUGACGAGCCUCCGUCCACUCCCCAGCACUCUGGGAUGACCUGGUCCCCUCAGGAUAUGGUUCCCAUGAACCAAGGGAUCCCGCAUGGCUCAUUGCAUCGCUCGGCUUCUUAUGCCGACUUUGAGCAACAAGUCCAUGGACAGCAUCUUCAGCAGCAAUACGGUGGCCGACAAGGCCUUCCUCCUCACGUUCCCCACGAGUUCCAUGGACCGACCAUGCCUGACCAUCAUGCGGGCGUUCAGAUGGUUCAUCGUCCCACGAAUAUGCCACGCCAGGCAUACUAUGUAACUGAGCAAGGAAACCCUGGUGUUGCUACCAUGACGAGUGCCGUUCAGCCUCAUUAUCAACUCCCUCAGCAGGUGGAGCGACCUCCCAUGGACAUACCAUAUCCGGCCUCAGGAAUUGCGACCUCGAUUCAGAGCAGCCCUAGUGCCUUCUCUGCCACCUCGGUUCCUAGCCCAAUGAUCCCGGAGGGCUUCUACGCGCAUCAACCUGGAAACCCACCAGCCUAUAGCGCGGCGGAUUCCCAGCCGGCUAUCAUUCAGUACCACCAACCUAUCCAACAUCCCAUGAGCCAGUCUCAGCCGCCUGUGACUUCCCAGGCACCGCAGAUCCAGGCUCCACCGGCUGACCACUAUCCCCAACCGCCUGCUCAACCACAACACGAGCAGUGGGCUCAUUACGACCCGCCGAUUGAAGUGACGACUAUUGGACAGUUGCCGGCCUACGGAACUGGAGUUUACGAUAUCUACGGACCGAAGAUCGAGUUCGAUGACCCGACAAUGCAGCUACCAAGCAGCAGGCUCGCGAGCCUGUGA